CUAUUAGCGCUUUCAUUAACUCUCAACGCCAUGGCUGAGCCACAAGAAAAGAGUCUGGACGACUUUUUCGCGAAGAGGGACAAAAAGAAGAAGAAAGAUAAAGGAGUGUCGGGGAGUGCGGCGGGGAGCCGAGGGGCAGCAAGGCCGCCUGACGGGGCACCUUCUUCAUCUUCUUCUAUGUCCGGAGCAGGGAAAGGCGUAAAGAAGGAAAAGUCUGGCAAGAGCGACAACCCUGAUCAACUACAGGAAAAAGAAGAUGAUGAAUGGAAAGAAUUUGAGCAGAAAGAAGUCGAUUACUCUGGCCUAAGGAUUCAGUCAUUACAAUUAAGCAAUGAAAAAGAAGAUGAUGAAAAUGAAAAGAAGGAAGAACAAGGAGCGGACUGGGAAGAAACUGGAGGUUAUGGUACAGACAAGUCAUCUGGCCCUUGGAAUAAGACCUCUCAGGCCCAGGCUCCCAUAAGUGCUGUUACAGAAGCACCAGAGCCUGUCCAUACUGGUGGUGUAUACAGGCCUCCUGCAGCCAGAGCCUCUGUUUCAACACGAAAACCACAGGGUCCCCCCGAAAUUUAUAGUGAUACACAGUUUCCAUCGCUUCAAGCAACUGCCAAACACACAGAGUCCCGCAGGGAAAAAGAAAUGGAGAAGACUUUUGAAAUGGUAAAGCAUAAAAAUCGUGCAAGGGAUGAAGCAACCAAGAACCAAGCCCUCCGACUUCAGUUAGACAACCAGUAUGCGGUUUUAGGAGAACAGUAAAGCGGCAAAUACAAAUUUAUUGUAUUUUAUAAAUAUAUUUUUUUUUACCCACCCAACAAGGUAAUCAAACUACAGCUCUCAACGUAUGAACAUUAACCUGUUUGAACUUUUCCAAUAUCCCACUUUAUGAACUUGAUGAAAAAUAAUUGGAAAAUUAAACGUCACACACAAAACCUUAUAUGGUUUUUUUUUUUUUUUUCAAAGUCUUGGAAUAUGUGCCUGUCAAGGCGCUGAAAACUGUACAGUAAUUCCCAACAUGUUGUAAAUCUUACACAUCAAAGAAGAGAAAAGAAAAAUCAGCAUUAAGUGGUUAUUAUCAAAAUAUUUUUAUGCUGAGCCUUGACUAAGGUCGACUACCUCAUAUGCUGUGCUUAAUGUGGACACCACACAGACUAUAAACUCUUUGAGAAAAGUCAGCUCUUCAGAUUAUCUGCUUUCAGUGUCAAUGAUUUAAGUGACCUUAAAGGGAUUAUUGGUGAAAGUAGGUCUGCAAUUGGUACGGGUCUCUAAAGAAAUUCUGAUCCUUGUAGCUGUAGUUUGUUACCCUUUUAAAGGGCAAAACUCAUCAGACAUGGCAAGAGAGGGGUACAAUUGUCUGACUAAUUGGCUCACUUCCUGCUGUUGACUCUUAACAGUAUCCAGUGCAAGUCUAUUUUCUGUAAUCUUUAAAUAUUCAAUCUAGUAUUGCCAGUCACUGGUGCAAUAAACCUGUUCUGUUGAUGCAUUGUCUAA